GAAAUAUCGAAGCCUUGUUCGUUGGCUACUCCUCCGCCUCGAGCCCCACCUGCGCGACGAGAGAAGAGAACACGAAAGGCCAAAUUAACCAAACGCAUCGCCGCCGAUUUCCCCAAAUCGGAAACCGCUCGCCUGCGCCGCCGCGCGGCGACUUGCGGCUGCCUGCCUCCCUCGAAGCGUCGCCGGCGUGGGGGUAGCGGAGCUGUCAUGGACGAGGACCAUGGCUGCGACCCUGACUCGGCGGCGGCGGCGGGGGUUAGCCCGUGCUCGUGCUGCUCGACGCCGUGCGCGGUCGCGACGUGGCGGCGGUCGGUGAAGAGGAAGCUGGGGGAGGAGAAGGGGGGAGGGGAGGGGGAGGGGGAGGAUGGGGCGGUGGUGAUGGCGCGGGUGGAGGCGGAGGAGGAGGCGGCGGCGCUGCGGGAGGCGGUCGCGGCGGCGCAGGAGACGGCCGCGGCGCUGCGGGCCGAGGUGGAGGAGGAGCGGCUCGCGGCGGCCAGCGCCGCCAGCGAGGCCAUGGCCAUGAUGCUGCGCCUGCAGCGGGAGAAGGCCGAGGUGCAGAUGGAGCUCCGCCAGUUCCGCCGCUUCGCCGACGAGAAGAUGGCGCUGGACGCCGCCGAGAUCGACCACCUCCGUGCCCUCCUCGCCCGCCGCGGGCGCCACCUAGCGCGCCUCCGCUCCAGGCUCCGGGAGUACCGCCACACGUGCCUCCGCCUCGGUAUCCCACUCCCCGAGGGCGACGAGGCCGAGGAGCUGGGCCAGGACGACGGGUUCGUUCUCGAGGGCGAGGAUGGCGACGGCGGCGGGUACUACCCAGAGCUACGCUGCUACGACGGGGAGUACUACUACGAGGAUGGGCAAGAGGAUGAGGGCGAGGACGAUGCCGCUGUCAUGGAUCUGGAGCGCCGGAUCUACCUACUCGAGCACGGCCACCAAAAUCAUGGAGUUGAGCAAUGCUUGGAGGAAGAGGAAGGCGCUCCACUAUGUACAGAUGAGGCACUGGCGGAUUCAUCCGAGCAUGAACUGAAUGGCGCAUAUGCCGAUGUGGUAUUGCCUGAAGGGACUGUGGAGGAAAGGAACCACAGCUGUGAUGAUGAUGAGUUGCCGGAGUCUCCGGCUGCUAGAAAUGGCAGUGAGGAAGGGGGAAGUGAUAGUGAUGGCGUUGGCAGCGGCAGCGAUAGGGUAUACACAAUUGACAAGGUUCAUCAAGGUGCUACUCCUACAGCCAGGGUCUUAGAGAAUUACCAGGAUGCGGCAAUCGAGCUAGACAUCAAUAAACUACGCAUGAGACUGGAGGCACUGGAGGCAGACCGGGAGUCAAUGCGGAAAGCCCUGAUGGCAAUGCACUCAGAGAAGGCUCAGCUUGUGCUUCUCCGGGAGAUUGCACAGCAGCUAACCAAAGAUGCAACUCCAGCAAACACAGGAUUCGGGGUGGUGCCAACUGUGCACCAUUUUCCAGGAAAGCAAGAUGAAGGGUUCAGAGAUCAGAGGUUUCGGGAGAACAGGAAGAUGGCGAUUGCCGAGAGACACUCCAUGGUUGCAUUGUGUAAGUGGAUAGUUGCUUUAUUUCGCUCUCAGAAAAGGAAACCAUCACAAAGCAGGUACAUAUUUGGUCUAUCAGGUAACAAUGUCGGCUUGCUACUACUCCUGGACAAGUGCCCGCAAAUUCAGAAAACUUUCACAAGGAGAAAGUAAAACCUUUCUGAAUGAGCAACUGCUGUUCAAUGUAAAUAAAAAUAGCCAUUGGUUGGGGAGUUUGCUUGUAAUGGCAUUCUUUAUUUAAAAGGUUGGGUGGAGGAGUGUUUCCUUGAUUCUUUUACCGACGUUUUCGUUUCAUCAAUCACCAGCGCAGGAAAUGAGGAAGGUUAUGCUUUUUUUGUUCGUGCUGUUUUGGGCGACGCUUUUGCUUAUUUCUCACCAGCAAAAGCUAAAUGCAUGUACAGUGUGCGUGUAAUACAUGGUGGUUGGACUGGUGGUUGAUUGAUUUGUUUCCUUCCGGAUUGAGUGAAUAUUGAGGAAUCUAGCUGCACAAUAUGUCCCUCCGGUUUGAAUGUACCUUUUUGCU